UUGUCUCAAUACCAAUUGGCAAUACCAAACACCACAUAUAUCAUUUUUAAGGCUAAGACACAACCUAUGUGGCUAUAUCCAUCUAGUUGCUUAACAUAAGUCUCAUCAACUUAGACAAACUAAAAUCAUAUCCCAUUGAAAUUCAGAGUAAAAUUAUCAAGUAUGGGCUGUGCCUCAUCCAAAAGAAUAGAGGCCACCGUCGACGUCUACCGUCCACCACCAACGAGCUUUGCCGUCUUUGAUAUCAACUCCAUUGAAGAACCAUGGCUUAAGGGGGGUAAUAACAAGGUAGAAGAAGAUGAGCUGGAUCAAGAUGAACCAGAAGAAGAAGAAGAAAAGCCACCAAAAGUGCCACAACAACUUGAAAAACUCAACUCCUCUAUUGAUGAUGCUCCUCGUUCAUGGGAUGAAGUUAGCAAAGCCUUAGAACAUAUAAAACCCACACUAAAAAAUCCACCACCACCAAAAUCACCUAAAAAACCCCUCCUUGCACUAAUGCCACCACCGCCACCAACAGAAGACGGUGGCAGCUCCCCAAAAAGGAAAGUUCCAAGAAAGAGCUUUUCCUUUCAUACCCUUGAAGAACUCGAAUCCAAUAUAUCAUCUAAAGAUUCAAAAAAACCAAAUGAAUUGAAGAGACAAGAGUCCAUGCGUACUAAUGAAGAGGAAAAUAAAAAGUUGCAAAAAAUCAGCAAUAAAACAGUGAAACACGAGUCACAAAUUAUGUUUCAUAAUGAGUUAGAAGCACAUCAAAAGACUCAACAUGAAGGGUACAAGCCAGUGAAGUCUGUGAAAGAGAACCCUUUUUUGUUAAGGGACAAAAUGGAAAGAGAAAAAGAAGGGAAAGUUGCAACUUUCAUAAAAUUUAACCCUUUAAGUGACUACCCCGAAAAGUGUCCGCCACGUGGUGAUGACUCAUUGGUUGUUUACACGACGUCGCUAGGUGGUGUGCGUCGCACGUUUGAGGAUUGUAACAAAGUGAGGCUAAUCUUGGAGUCUCACCGUGUGGUUUUUGACGAGCGAGACGUGGCGUUGCACGGUGAAUUUCGUCAGGAGCUGAAGGAAUUGCUAGGAGAUGAAGAGGACGCCAAUGUACCAAGGUUGUUCGUGAAGGGGAGGUACAUUGGCGGCGUGGAGGAAGUGGUGCAUCUAAACGAGACAAGUCGACUCGGGAGGAUAUUGAAUUGGGCUAGGGUGGAGAGGGGUGUAGGGAGGUCAGGGUGUGAAGGGUGUGGGGGUGCUAGGUUUGUGCCAUGUUUUGAUUGUGGAGGAAGUUGCAAAGUUGUGAAUAGGGAUGUCAAGGAGAGAUGUCCCAAGUGUAAUGAGAAUGGUUUGAUUCAUUGUCCUCUUUGCGAUUGAAUAAAUUGUAUGCAUGUAUUCUUGAGCACAUACUUAAAUCAGUGAAUGCAGAAUAUUAUUGUUGUUA